ACUGCCACCGCCGCCAUGUUGGAUCAGGAAGUGGGCAGAGCCGAAGCAGGAAUCCCGAGCGGAGCUUAACGUCAACGGCCGUGUUCAUCCAAUCGGUCGACCGUUUUCACCGUUCUCACCUUUAACAUUAAGCGUACAUGCUGCGUGGCUUUCUGGCUGGUCGAGGUAGGCGCUUUUCUUCGGAUUUGACCGUUUUGCGACACCAGCUAUGGCCUCUCUCAAGCAGAGAACCUCGGGCCUCGUCCAGCGGAAGACCGAGGCCAUUCGCAGCGCCGCCGACAAGGAUAGAGAGUCCGGCGGGGAGGAGGACGAGGCGCGCCGCGGGGAGGAGGAGGAGGACGACGACAAGGGGGACUCGAAGGAAACCAGGCUCACACUGAUGGAGGAGGUGUUGCUCCUGGGCCUCAAGGAUCGAGAGGGCUACACGUCUUUCUGGAAUGACUGCAUUUCCUCCGGUCUUCGUGGGUGUAUGCUGGUGGAGCUGGCGCUCAGAGGGAGGCUACAGCUGGAGGCCUGCGGUGUGAGGAGGAAAAGCCUGCUCUCGAGGAAGGUGAUCUACAAGUCCGAUGCCCCGACGGGAGACGUGCUGCUGGACGAGGCCUUACGGCACAUUAAAGAGACGCAGCCUCCAGAGACGGUGCAGAGCUGGAUAGAGCUGCUGAGUGGAGAGACCUGGAAUCCCCUGAAGCUGCACUACCAGCUGAGGAACGUUCGAGAACGUCUGGCAAAGAACCUGGUGGAGAAAGGAGUCCUCACCACGGAGAAACAGAACUUCCUGCUCUUUGACAUGACCACACAUCCGCUCACCAACAACACCAUUAAACAGCGCCUCGUCAAGAAGGUCCAGGAGUCCGUCCUGGAGAAGUGGGUCAACGAUCCUCACCGCAUGGACAAGCGGAUUCUGGCCCUGAUCCUCCUGGCCCACUCGGCCGACGUCCUCGAGAACGCCUUCGCCCCGCUCCAAGACGACCAGUACGACCUGGCCAUGAAGAGAGUCCACACCCUGCUGGAGCUGGAGCCGGAGAAGGAGAGCACGAAGCCCAACGUCAACGAACUCAUGUGGGCCGUGGUGGCCGCGUUCACUAAAUGAAAACACCCGAUUGGUCGGACUGGAAGAUCUGGCUAUGGUCUGCGUUAUUUAAUUGGUUGAAGGACUUCACUUUAAUGAGACAAUCUGUAUUGGUCGGGGAGCCCGUCUGUACAUCUAUUCCCCGGUGACAUUCUGGUGGCAGUCCGUAUUAACUGCGAUGUGAUGGGUGGCGAGCUUCACGAGUCACGUUCUCUGCUUUCACACAGUGAGGUAUAUUAUCUGCUGCUGCGAGGCCGGACACACGAACACAUUCUGUAAAUGUUAGAUGGCAUCAAAGAACAAGAGCAGGUGGCAGCAGUGCUCAUGGUGAAUAUGAAGAUUUCUGACGGGGGCCAAGUUUCCCUUCCACACUACGGAAGCAUCACGACCACAUCACUAAAGACGAGACCAGAAUCAAAUCCUGGUCUCGUCUCCGCUCUCUCCCACACGCUUAUGCAAAGGAUAAAGGAUAAAGUCCCGCCGACGCUCUUUGCACUCCACCGAUUCGUUGGGAGGACACGCUUUAGGUUACCGCUAGAAUAGACGACCUGAAUGUUCUCGUUAAAUUCUCUCCUCGCGUCCUCCUCGCCGCAUCGUGAGGAGGCCGCGAGGACACGACUAACCGCUGCGUCAUUCAGAGGGAGCCGGGAGAUUUGGCCGUCGUAGACUCUGACCUACAUGAAGAAUGAAACCUCGAGUCUAACAAAGGGUCCAUUCUGUGUUUACUAUAGAACGAGACGAGUCUUCCAUUUCUAUUUAUGUUGCUAAUCGACAUUUAUCAACUAUUUUGCACAGUCAGUCCUGUAGGAUCGUAUUUCUAGGGAUUAUUCUGGGGUUGAAUAACACACUUGAGCACAUGAGAUUACAAAUCAUGACCUUUAGCAACCGUGGUUAAAAAAAACAAAAAAAAAAGAACUUAUUUUGUCUACAGCUGAUCUUCAUGAAUACUUUAAAAUCAUUCCUCUGGACGUUUAAAAAAAAGCUUCUGCUCAUAUUUUUAAGAGAUAAAUAUCGCUGUGAACGGCCUUCACGAGAUUUACAGAGAUCAUCAGCGGCUGCUUGGAGAAGUUCGCCAGACGGGAUAGUUUCAUUUGAGUUAAAGGGUCGAUUCACCCAAAUUAUUAUUAUUAUUUUUCUUUUUUUAAACAAAUGUCCUCACUUAACACGUGUGGUGUCUCGCCAUGGAGGUUUUAUUUCAGUUUGGAAACAUGUCUCGGACAUCUUUACUUUUAUCUUAAUACAAGGCGGUAAAUGGAUCGGCAGUACAACGUCCAGACGCAGCAUCUCUGUUUGCACUAAAGACGAGCGUCCCUGUGACAUCUCGCUCUGCGCAUUCAUGACCAACAGAGGGGAGCGAGACGAUGCGUUUUGUAAUUUGGGUGAAGCGACCCUUUUUUAAAGUGUCCCUCUUGCAAUAUAUUUAAUCUCAGUUUGUAUGUCAUGUCAUAAGUAGAUGUUAUAUUGUUUCAUACAUGCAGGUGAUGGGGAGGGUUACUUGGGCCCCGGAUGAAUCCUUACAGGUUGAACAUGAACAUGCUGAAGUGCAGAUCUUGGGGGGAAUAAAACUGUUUCAAUAUAAAAUCGUGAUCAUCUGGUCUAAUGAGGGCGAUCUGAAGUUACAUCACAUCUUGUUUCAUGGCAUACUUAUAUUUCUGUUUUGUUUUUUCUACCAACAAAAUACCGACGGGUGCGAACAACUGUUGAGAUCGAUUUACAGCAAAGAGACCAUGCAUGCUAUUGGUGGAGGGCUGGGGUACUUGUGAUGUAACUGCAGAGGAAAGGCUUGUUUGUAAUUAUUAGUCAUUUUAUGUGUACGAUCUAAUGGAAUUCAAUGAAAGGGAUCUUCUCUCCUAUCCUCUAUAAUUCUGUAUGCUUUUGUAUUACCACACAAAAUAAAGUAAGGAUCCUUUAAGUGCCUGAAUUUA